AUGCGCCUUCUAGCACAUUUCUUGACAAGAUGGCACUCGAGGCUUUGUCCUUUUUCCUUUUUCACUCUACGAAGAGCUUCCUUUUCGUCUUCUUGCAGACGAUACUCUUCAUAUUCCGAUAGGACCUUUGGCAUCCCUGUGGGGAGCAAUGGGCAUGUCUUGUUGAGUGUAACCGAAUCACUCGCAUCUCCGAAACAAGCCUAUCCGAAUGUUACCGUUUAUCUUCCCCCGGGACCGGUUUUCCAGCGACAGAAUACACCUACAAGUACCGAUGUGAAGAAUUCGGUCUCCCACAAUGACACCGAUUCCUUUCACACCCAACAUCACCUCGCAGCAUCGACCUCCUCAACCGUCGUAACUAUCCACUACCGCCUAGGCACAAUCGAACCACCCGAGGAACAACUCCCCGACGCAGAAUCUCCCAAAGAUGACGGUAGCAGUACUGCGAAAUCAGCAGCCGCUAAACCCAAUGAGAAUCAGCCACCCCGCCUUGUCCAUUACGAAUACCAGAAUGCCGUUCACGAUAUAUUAACAGCCUUCGACUGGAUCCAGAAAACCUUCCAGCCGAAUCAGCUGAAUAUCCUGGGUAGCCACGUCGGGGGCUCGCUGGCGCUGAUGCUCGCGCUUACGGAAUCGCAGUCUAUACAUGCUGUCGCGGCCGUGGAACCAAUCUGCGACUGGACGGAGUUAGAUCAGUGGUGCGAGAUUGCAGAGUACUUGACAACAAGACCUGAACCAACGCUCGAGGGAAUAGAAGGAUCAAUGGCAUACAUGGCCAUAUCUGACACUGAAAAGCAAGAGAAGAGGUGGAGAAGCAAGUCUUGCUCCGUUGCACCGCCAGAUCUAGUUCCCCUCCUCGAAGCCCGGGAGUCACUCUUCGUCAAACCAGAGCGGUACUUCGACCCGUUUGCGUCCCCGGUUCUCUUCGUCCGUACCCCGGGAAGGGCCAUCCCCGCAAAGUUCCCGCAAUACCUCACCGGCCCCGACAAACCCAUCCCGGUAUUAAAAGAGCGAAUCGUCCUCGACGUAAUGUCUCUCGGUCUCGCAGAAGACGAAGACACUCUACCAGGCGAACUGUUAAGCGAAGAACUAGACGACGAGGGCUUCACCCACUACGACACCGAAAUCUCACCCAUCUACAUAGUAUCCGACCACACCGGACGAAGAUACAACGUCGAGAUCCCCAUGUACCGCAAAAAACUCCUCCGCUGGCCGCCCUACGGCCUCGAGUACGGUCUCAGCGGAGCAACAUGGUUCCAACCACACCUCCUUGAAUUUAAGCGGUUGGAUACGACGCUUCCAUGGGUUCAUAUAUUCAUCCGCCAGCCGAAGUCUAAAAGGUCCAGGACUGUCCUCUCGGAACAAGCUAAGGAUAUGCAGAAACUUAUGCAGAAGGCUUGUCUGUGGGAUGAUAGGGGUGGUAAGGAAUCUGGUGAGAAGGGUGUUGGUUUGUCGAGAAUCCCUUCGGAUGAAGCAUGGCCUGCUAGCGCUCGCAUGGAGAAGGCGGCUGGGGAGUGGUUGGAGAGUGUUCGGGAUUGGCCACGGAAUCCUGAGAAGAAAAAACAACGCAUAGGUGAAGAGUUGAGCUAA